UCUCAUUUCGGUUCGAGAGACGAAGCGGCUCUUCUUCGCUGCUCUCUCCCUCUAUCUUCCUCCUCCUCUUCCUCCUCCUCCUCUUCCUCAGACGGUCGGUCCGACUCCUCUCCAUCGCCGCCUCCAUCAUCAUCCUCGGAACCAGUCGACCCCUGACCCUCACCAUGGCAACGGUCAUCAGCACGCGCUUCUCCGAUGAGUAUCAGCUGUACGAGGAGCUGGGGAAGGGAGCGUUCUCCGUGGUGCGGCGCUGUGUGAAGGUUCUAUCGGGUCAGGAAUACGCUGCCAAGAUCAUCAACACCAAGAAGCUGUCCGCUAGAGAUCAUCAGAAGUUGGACCGAGAAGCACGGAUCUGUCGGCUGCUGAAGCAUCCCAACAUCGUUCGGCUUCAUGACAGCAUCUCAGAGGAGGCGCACCAUUACCUCAUCUUCGACUUGGUUACAGGUGGAGAGCUGUUUGAAGACAUCGUAGCCAGAGAAUAUUACAGUGAAGCUGAUGCCAGCCACUGCAUCCAGCAGAUCCUGGAGGCUGUGCUUCACUGUCAUCAGAUGGGCGUGGUCCACCGAGACCUGAAGCCAGAGAACCUGCUGCUGGCCUCCAAGUCUAAAGGAGCGGCGGUGAAACUGGCCGACUUCGGCCUCGCCAUCGAGGUGGAGGGCGACCAGCAGGCCUGGUUUGGCUUUGCAGGAACUCCAGGCUACCUGUCUCCGGAGGUCCUGAGGAAGGACCCAUAUGGGAAGGCGGUGGACCUAUGGGCCUGCGGCGUGAUCCUCUACAUCCUGCUGGUGGGCUACCCUCCGUUCUGGGACGAAGACCAGCACCGCCUCUACCAGCAGAUCAAAGCCGGAGCCUACGACUUUCCUUCCCCGGAGUGGGACACGGUGACGCCCGAAGCCAAAGACCUGAUCAACAAAAUGCUGACCAUCAACCCGGCCAAACGCAUCACCGCCGCUGAGGCGCUCAAACACCCCUGGAUCUCUCACCGGUCCACCGUGGCUUCCUGUAUGCAUCGCCAAGAGACAGUUGAAUGUUUGAAGAAAUUCAACGCCAGGAGGAAGCUGAAGGGAGCCAUCCUGACCACCAUGCUGGCCACCAGGAACUUCUCCGGAGGAAAGAGUGGCAGCAACAAGAAGGCYGACGGCGUCAAGGAGUCGUCUGAGAGCACCAACACCACCAUCGAGGAUGAAGACACCAGAGUGAGGAAACAGGACAUCAUUAAAGUGACGGAGCAGCUCAUCGAGGCCAUCAGUAAUGGAGACUUUGAGAGCUACACGAAGAUGUGCGACCCGGCGGUAACGGCGUUCGAACCCGAGGCUUUGGGAAACCUGGUCGAAGGCUUGGACUUCCACCGCUUUUAUUUUGAAAACUUGUGGUCCAAGAACAGCAAGCCGGUGCACACCACCAUCCUGAACCCCCACAUCCACCUGGUGGGCGACGAGGCCGCCUGCAUCGCCUACAUCCGGGUCACGCAGUACAUCGACUCCAACGGCACGCCGCGCACCGCCCAAUCAGAGGAGACCAGGGUGUGGCACCGCCGGGACGGGAAAUGGCAGAUCGUCCACUUCCACCGCUCAGGAUCGCCCUCCACCCUCAGCAACUAACGUCCUCCUCCAGAGUGGGCGGGGCUCUGAUGGGGCUGCUGUCGCCUUGACAACGGGAUGAUUGACAGCAGGCCAGCUGUUGUCUGAUACCAACCAUUCAGRAUUUUCUUUGAGGCGUUGGAGGAGGAGACUGCGGCGUCAGAAAGUUUCGGUCAUCCAGCAGUGAAUCCCAUCACCAAUUAACCAAUCAGUCAUCCAACCAAUCACACGACUUUGUAACCGACCAAUCAGCUCAAUCCGGGCAGAGGGUAGGAAACCUUGUAUCUCCAGCUGUAGGCACACAGCGCCCCCUUGUGGUCAGAAGCUCUCAUUGAUUAAAGUGUGUGGUUAGCUCUGACCUCUUUGAUGCUACUGAGCAUGUGCAGAAAGCUCUGUGCUUACAUCGUCAUGUCAGAUGUUUAUUAUCAACUAAUCAGAAUCUGAAAACCAUCAGAACCAAUCACAUUGAUUCCAAUGAGCCUGAAGUAGUCUGAGAUACAAGGCUUCCCCCUGCUGGUCACUUUAGGUAUCUGCAGUAAUAAUAUUUAGUUUAUUGUUAUCUUUAGAGUUAAAAUAUAAAUAAGUUGUAAUAUUGAUUAUCUGCUGAUUACAGAGUUUAUUAUAAUAUCUCAUUUACAUAYAWACAUACACACACACACCUCUACCUGACAUGCACACUGCACCCUCUGGUGUUCAGAGAGUGCCAGAAACUUCCUACACUUUCGAUCUUCCACUAACACCACCCACCACACCUAGGAGGGCCUAACAAGCUAGUUUAAUGAGCUAGCUUAGCGAGCUGUCUGCUGCCUGCUCCUCCUCCAUGGCUCCUUCAGCUGGAGGAAGUUUAUCGUUCUGGUUGAAAUGUUUUCCAUCUAGAAACAGGAAGAGGAAGUGACCUCAGGUCYGUGGACUUGAUGUCUGUAAGGCUAGUUCUGCUGGGAGAUUCUAGGCACUGCUUUAGUAGAACCAGCAGGUCGUUUCAGAACAAACCCGAAAACAGACGGCCAAUCAGAACCACGGACACAAUACAAUGGCCAAUCAGAACCACAACACCAUUCACAUCAACCUGGUACGAGUACCAGUACCAUGGUCGGUACCGGUACCAGUACCAUGGUUGGUACUAGGUGUAGAGGUGAGUAAAUGGAUCAGGUUCUGAUCCAAUAUAUUUAAAUAAAACCUUCUAAACGGUACAGAUCACAGAUGUUGGUCUGAAAUGGAUCAGAACCAGCUAAACUUCCAUGAUCAUUAAACACCACCAGGUUCUGCUGCAUAUCCAGUUGGACUCAUCCUACACAGUCCAUCUCCUGGUUCUGGUUGGUACUCUUGUUGAACUUGUCUGGACCUCUGUCAGCAGAGCCACCAGGUUCUGCGGGUUUGUUCUGGAUCGUCUCUGUUGGGUUUUUAGGAACUUGGGUCGACCUGGACUGAGGCAGAACUCAGCAGCUCCCUCUGGAGGUUGGUUCUGAUGGACCCUGCAUGGACAGCUCGUGUUUCUUCCUCCUCGGUGCCGGUUCUGUACAGACUGUGUGACUCUCUGCAUGCUGGACUUUGUGUUUAGUGUUUGGGCUUCAGGCGCCACCGCGUUCCGGCCGUUCCCGGCUCUCGGACCUUUCCUUUGCUAGGUUUUAGCUCUGCUAGCAUUCCUCAUUGGGAUCAAUGGCGUCCGUUAGCCUUGAGCUAAUGAAACGCCACCGGUGCCACUUUGAUAUUCUGCCUCUUCGGACCCGUUGUGUUUGUCUCUGAAGCUUUUAGGAGCUUUUUACCGUCGGGAGAAUGUAGAACUUUGUACAAUCAGAUUCUUACCAUGACGAUGACGAAGAUGAUGAUAUUAUA